UCGUCAAGAGACUGACUUAAGCGCAGAGUUUUCCAUUGUUAAAGUGAUGAUAAUGGCUCUUACAGCAUCUAUGUACACCAUUCCCACCUUAAUGUGAUACCUGCCAAAAUCUACUCGCACCAUUUAUUGUACGAUCAUAUCAACCAUCUAAAUCACUACAUAUUCCUUUUCUUCUUUCUCGAUCGGAUCUUUCUAAAACCGCUGCACAUCUUGUUUUUGCCCAGUCAAAACAAAUAUGAAGGAGGUGGUCCUGUCAGUGGAGUGGCAUGGCGAAAAAGCGAAGCAGAAGGCCAGUGAAUCCAUCGCUUCUCUUUCAGGCGUCCAUCACAUAUGCGUGGACCCGAAUGGCAAGAAACUGACAGUUGUUGGAGAUAUGGAUCCCACACUUUUGGUGACAAAACUGAGGAAGCUCUGCAAGACAGACAUAGUCACAGUGGGUGAUUACAGGGAAGAGAAGGAGGACGCGGCCAAGGAUGUAGAGCCCAUCCAGGACAAGCGGGCAAGGCGUGGUCACAAGACAGAAGACAAAAAACCAGAGCCAGAGAAGAAGGGUGGGGAGAAUAUGGUUGCAGCAUUGGCGAACAACAACCCUCCCAAGAAAUGAGAAAAGAAUGUUUACGUGGUUGACGAGACAGAAAUAAGGAGUUUUAGUUUCUCUAUGUUUUUGGCAAAUAGUAUGUUGUGCUUUGAAUUGUCGUGUGAGACGUGGCUGAAUGAAGAGUCAUGAUAUCACCCCGUUUUUCGUCGCCUAUAAUUUCUGUUUUCAUCACUAUAUAUGUAUCUUUGACUGCCUUGUAUGUUAGCUCCGCCGGCUGCCUUAUAGUUCGUAU